GUCCUCUUUGUACUUUCAAACGAACACGAGAAAAUAAUAUUUGUAAUAUUCAAGUAUAAUACAUUAAAAGUUGAAAGGAGAAAGACGCCCAUAACGAUCGGUGCUGUAGUGCGCCCGUUGUUUAGUCAUAGGCAGCCGUUUAAUAUAAAACUGUUAUCUACAAAAAUCGCGAAUCCACACAACCACGCACUUUACUACAAUAUUAUAAUACGCGACGUUAUUGUGAUUUCGUUUGUCCCGAUGAUAAUAAUUAAUAACAUAAUAUUCUAAAUUAUAAUUACUCGAAUAAUAUUAUUCGUGUACGACAAUUUUAAUAAGACGUAAUAACUCGCUAAACCUCGAAUGUCGAUUAAGUUUUUUUUUGUCGAUCAUUUGACAUCGUCGUCAUCGGGGUUAAUAUACACAGUGGACUUAGGUAAAAUAAUACUCGGGUAAAUAACUGUAUAAGGCCUAACUUAUACCUAUCUAUACGCAUUUAACUAUUUGAGACACAUAACGCUCUAUCAUUAUCCUACGCGUGUUGCAGCACUAUAAAUAUACAAUAUACAUAGUAAUAAUAUUAUUCAUUCAGACUGUUAUUAGAUUGCAAUCCGCUUAAUUGUUUUUUUUUCAACCCAAAACACCAUGGCGGCGGAGGACUCGAAAAAAUAUUGUUUCGGUUUCAUCGACCUACGCCGUGGUAUCAAAAUCAUAGCUCUACUGAACAUAAGUGUUUUGUUCUUAGCCGUCGUAUUGAAUAUAAUUUUUUUGGUAAUGGUACUAGGAGAAAAGUAUCGUAUACCUUCCUCAAGUAAUUCAACCGAAGAAAUCAAAAACUAUAGAAUAAACACUAUACAUGGUUUAUGUGCUUCGUCGUUUUUGGAAAUUAUACUUCUUUACUUCAACCUUGGUCUGAAGAAAUCAAUACACGAACAAAAUGUUCAAAAUAUCAAGCAUUGGUUAUUGUUGUAUACAAUGGUUUUAUUACAUAUUUUCAUUUACUACAUUAGUGCGGCAUUUGUAUCUGAUGAACCACUGUUCUUCUCGUGUAUUGGACUUAUCUCUAGUUUGAUCAUUUUGCUAAUGCUGUACGUUGUAAAACGUUUUUACCGCGAAGAACUUGAACACUUGGCCCCCAGCAAUACUACAGAAGACAAUAAUGUUACUCCAUCACAGACCGCAUGAAUAUGCAGAACGAUCAUAGACCGACAAUGGUACCGAAAACUGGAUUCCAGAUGCAGCUGGACGCUGUACAAUAUGCUCUGCUAGACAAGCACAAUAUCUAAUAUUAUUGGUUAUUAUUGCAAAUGUCACACAAUAUUUUUUAGGCAAAAAACCAAAUUUUAUUUUUCACAUUAACAAAGCGACUAUUUUAAUUAGUGGUUUUAAAUAAAUACGUUUUAUAAAAUACAGAUAGGUCUUUAAAACAGUUCACAUUUUCUUCAUUUUUACGCAAGUUCACAUAAGACUAUUAUAAUAAUACUUAUAAUAUGUAUGUAAAUUACAAUCAUAAUCACUAGGAUGAAAACAUUCACCAUACAAUGUAAUAUCGUAAUAUAUUAUAUUAAUAUCUACU